ACUAAUCUAAAUAAUGCGAACACACCUCUAGUAAAUUUGACAUUUGAUAAAAAAACAUCAAUGUUGGAGAAGCUGUAUUUUUGUUAAAAGUACAAAAAUGUGAAUUGAAUUAUAUUAUGUGAAUAUGUGUGAAAUACAGUGUGACGUUUUAGCUGAGUUCUCGUUAAAGAAUAUCGAAGAUACAUUUAAAAUUACAUGUAUAACUAGUAGGAGUUUCAUUCGCACAAAAUUUUCGUCUAAACAAUUUGUAUCAUCUGAGCAGAGUGCAUCUGAGGAAGAUAACCAGUUUGAUGAAGAAUUAAGCAAAAUAUAUGAAGACUUAUCCAUUCAGAACAUUACUGCUAAAUCAGAAAACGACCAGGAAGGUGCCAGCUGUUACUGCAGUGCAUCUCACACAGACAAUCUUUCGACCGAUGAACACGAAAGUUUGCGUGAAAUACAUAAUCCUCCGCCACCGAAAGGUAUUCAGCAAAGUGACAGCGGUACCGAUCUGACUGAACAACUAAUUCAUGACGUCGAUUCGGAUUGGCAAAAAUUUUGGUCAUUGAACGGGGAAAAGCUCAUAUGGGAAUCCUGGAUUGACAAAUACAGCCAAUACAUUAACCCUGAAUACCUGCCUUAUGCUCAGAAAAAGGUGGGAGAGAAUUAUAAUCUGUUAGUUGAAAACGUUGCUGACGACACUUUCGUAUAUAAUCCCAAAAAGUUCACAUUUAACGAGAAAGAACUUCAAAAUUUUAGUUCAGAAUUGCAACAAGCCUGUUUGAAACCCAUAGACAAGUGUCAAGAACCGUCGAAAAAAGAAAGUAACUCCAAGAAUCACAUGCUUUUGCGUACCUUGUCGGGUAGUGACGAGAAAAUUUCUGGAGAAAUAUCCGAAGGUUGGAAUCCGCUCUCUCCUUCCAGUGUAGAUGAAGAAACAGAAGCGGAACGACUGUUAACGUCAAGGUGUUGCUCACGAACGAGCAGCUCCCUGAGAACCAUCGAUUCGAUCACUAAUGUUACUCGCAUGACCGUUUCUUCCAUAGACCUAAGCAACAGUACUCCUAGUUCAGAUAGUUUUUCCUCCGUUAGUUCCGUCAAUAGCUCAGUAAGUUCGGAAGAAUCCGAAGAAGACUACCAACACCAGUGGAACCAUUUAUGGAAAAAACACUACGAAGAUCAAUACUUAGAACAUUACAAUAAGUUUAUACAGUCUGUGAUCGGGAUUGUCACCGUAGAUAAACCUAAGGACCUUAACAGAACUGAUAAAACUUUAGGACCACUUCCAGAUAAUAAAAAUUUCAACAAAAUGUCGACAGAAUCAAAAUCCGUAGAAACUGAUGAGCAAGAACAAAAUAUUUCACAAUGUGAUUCGUCGAGCGAAGAAAGUGAAGAGGAGAAUACGAUUUUUAAAGAAAUGGUCGCAAUGGGAUUACCAACAGCAUUUGGAUCUACCAACUGGAACAAAAACCAAGAGUUUGUUGAAUCAGAUAGCAAAGGUUCAAAAGGAAAUUCAGACUUCAACUCUUGCAGAAACAGAAUCAAGGCGGCCUUUAAUUUGAUAGGAAUGGAAUUUGAAGAGCCUCCAGAUGAGUUAAUGUCAGGUGAAGUAAACUACAAGAUGAAGCACAUAAGGCAACAGAACAGGCAUUUAAAAUUACGACCAGAAGCUAAGAAGGCCAAACAUUUUAUCUUCGAUGACGAUGGAAAUAUGUAUUCCAAAGAAGACAAUGAGGUGGUAAUCCACAGCAUAUUAUCUGAAAGUUCCGAUAAUGAGUUGAGUUCGUGCGAAGAAGAAGCGAUCGUUACUGAAUUAUCAGUUUCUCCUACGAUGGAGGAGAAGACCGAGGAAGUACAGACCACGAAAAGAAAAAGAAGGAAAAGAAAACAACCGAUCCUUCCACCCGAGAUAAAAAAUAAUGCCAAGUUGCGAAAAUAUUGGCAGAAGAGGUUCAGUUUGUUCAGCAAAUUCGAUAUGGGAAUUAAACUGGACGAAGAGAGUUGGUAUUCCGUAACGCCUGAAAUAGUUGCGAAACGCACUGCUGAGCGAUGCCAGUGCGAUAUAAUCAUCGAUGCCUUUUGCGGAGCCGGAGGUAACGCUAUUCAAUUCGCGUUAAAAUGUAAAAAAGUAAUCGCUAUCGAUAUCGACCCCAAGAAAAUAGAACUCGCCGAAAAUAAUGCUAGAGUAUAUGGUGUUUCCGAUAAAAUCGAAUUUAUAAUCGGAGAUUUUCUACAAUUAGCAGAUAGUUUAAAAGCUGAUGUAGUUUUCUUAAGCCCACCUUGGGGUGGACCGUCGUAUCUCGCAGAAAAUAUGUAUGAUCUUGAAACGAUGUUGCUACCAGUGGCUUUUUCACAAUUACUAGCGACUGCGAGAAAAAUAACACCAAAAGUUGCUAUCUUUUUGCCUCGGAAUAGUAAUACAUUUGCGUUAGCUAAAGGAGCAGGACCCGGCGGUCAAGUAGAAAUAGAACAAAAUUUCAUUAAUAAAAAAUUAGUUGCAAUAACAGCCUACUAUAACAAUUUGAUUAAGGAAAAAGCCGAUACUCGUGAUUUUUCACAAUUAGAUAAUAUAUAAGUACGAUAAACUUACUAAAUUUAGUAUUAUGAGUAACACAUAACCAUUUAAAAUUCCAUUAAUUCGUAUAUUUUGUAAAAUCUUGCGGAAAAACUUUAAUUGGACGGAAAAUGAGUAGUGUUUUUAAUUGGGGGUACGUAAUUUAUGAUUACCUAGGUUUUAUUAAUCUUAUUAUUAUUUAUUUUUUUAAGCAAUUUAACAUUUUUUCCCUUACUUAAAGUGAUUUAAUCAAUUACAUUCUUCAUUCUAAUACUAUUAAAUUCAAAAGAACUUGGUCAUUAGUUCUUUCGUUCGUCGGAAGCUAGUUUUGAACCCGAAAAUCACAAAAAGGAACUAACUUUCUUAUUACAAGGAUUUAGAUAAUUAUGAAUUUAUAGUAUUACCAUCUUUCUAAGGAAGAAUAAUAUAUUCAGUUCAGCGGGAUGCUCUUGUUCGAGGUGUGAAAUUAUAUAAACAAGGGAUCAGUUCAUAAAACAGGUCGAUCCCUUGUUUAUGUUAUUUCACACCUCGAACAAUAACACCCCACUAAGCUGAAUAUUAACGAGUCUCUUAGAAAGGUGGUAGUACUAUAAAUGUAUAAUUAUCUGAACCCUGCUUAUUACCAAAAAUUCAGGCUUCUAUUCCAGAAAGAUUUGCGAAGCCUUACAAGAAGGCAUUCAGAAAAUAUAAAUAGGGAGAUAUGUUAUUUCUUGUCUCCAAUUUCGAAACAAAUUCUUUAUUCCUACUGUAUACAUUCCACCACCUGGCAGAAGGAAUAAAUCAUUAGUGGAUCAGUGCAUCAGAGAAUUCACGUUUUAUAUCUGAUAUUAUAAAACGCACUAACAUUGAAAACUCAAAACUGAAAUUUAUCAAUCUCUCCCACACCUAUCCUACACUAGUUGUUACUUCCUCGUACAUCUCUCUCACAAUCUUCACAUACUCUCCAGGAAGUCGUUUCUUACCAGUCCACAGAAUCUCUUGGAGAACUCUAUCGUAUGCUUUUUUCUUUGUUAUAUUUUUUUAACUAAAGGAAGUGUUGACACACCACAACACAACAUGUUGACUACCACAACAAUUUUCAGAAAUCUGGCCUAAAAUAACGAUUUGGUUUAAUCCUAUUAUAUUAUAAGAAAGCUAAAAAAUGUGUUUUUAUAAAAAAAUAUUUUAUAAGAUUUUUUGUUUGUUUUUUAAUAAAUUUUAUGUUCAUGUAAAUUAACAUUUUUUUUGUCCUUUUGCCAGAAGCCAUCUAUCGUUUUUAACACUGAUAUAUUCAGAGUUUAACCGUAGUUGCAAGAAAAUGGCAAAUAAACACUGGUCGAGAUAAUGUGUAGUUGGUGUCCUAGAAAAGAAUGCAAUAUACGAGUUAUUUGGUAGUUGGCCAAUCAACAUGUUAAAAUGUUUAUCACCACUGGUGUAUCUAUAAAAAAAUGAGAUGUCAUGGAUUAUCUAAACUUAAAAUGAGUGUUACUUAUUUAUUUAAGUAUGAACAUAAGUAUUUUUAACUUGUUUGUUUUAUAAUCUCAGGUGGAAUUCAAACGUUAUGUUCCUUGAUGUUACCUGUAUUAUUAUAUAAUGUAAGUUUUCCAUAUUUUUAAGUGUUAAUAAAGGAAAGAGUGAAUUGCA